AGCAACUCAUGUAAAAUCAGCCAGUUGUAUACUAUGAUAAGCAAAGUCAAAACCGUGAAGAAAUAUGUAAUAAAAAUCAAUGUGCUACUUAGGAACUGCGUCUAUAAACAUAUAUGUACAUUGUAUGAUAAAAGACUUUGAAGCUGACACCAUGAGUGACCAAAAAGCUGUUGUUAAGAAUGCUGACAUGUCAGAGGAUAUGCAACAAGAUGCUGUUGAUUGUUCUACACAAGCUUUAGAGAAAUUCAACAUUGAAAAAGACAUUGCCGCAUACAUCAAAAAGGAAUUUGAUAAAAAGUAUAACCCAACAUGGCACUGUAUCGUAGGACGGAACUAUGGCAGUUAUGUUACACAUGAAACCAAACAUUUUAUAUAUUUUUACUUAGGACAAGUUGCAAUUCUGUUGUUCAAAUCUGGAUAAUAAAGAAAAUAAAGUUAA